UUUACGUAAGAAUCAAAUGUCAAAUCGCAAAUUCCUCACACAUGCAACAUCUCCAUUUCAUAGACGUCUCUUUAAAUAAUCAUUUGUUGGGAGCAUACCGAGAGCUCCAUGCCAAGAUGACGUCACGCAUCCUCACCCUUAUCCUCGCCUCAGUGCCGUGGGCGACAACCACCAACAUCGAACCCAACCUGCUCGCGGACCCUCUAGGUCGCGACCCCCAGCUCCAAGUCAUCCACCUCUACGAAGACGAAUUCCCAACCGGCAUCGCUGUCUCCGCAUCCGGGCGCAAGUUCUCCUGCUACCCCUCCGGUAUCGAUCCCGCCACCACCUACACCGGCUCCAACAACGUCUACCAAGUCGCAGAACUGACAGGCUUCGACACCGAGGUCGCCUACCCCAACGCCUCUCUCAGCCAGCCACCAGGGGGCACCAUCGCUCGGGGUAAAACUCCCGUGACCAAAGGCCUGAGCAACUACUUGCUCUCCGUCCAGUCCGUCGUCAUCGACUUCGACGACGUCCUCUGGCUCCUGGACACGGGUCGCGUUAUAGACCCUAUGACGUCAACCAGGCUACUCGCAUCUCCGGGCGGCACGAAGCUCAUCUCCAUCGACCUGAGCACCGAUGACGUCACUAAGACCAAUCUCUUUCCUCCCUCCGUCGCCAAGCCGAGUUCCUACUUCAACGACGUGCGUUUCGACACCGGUCGGCGUUACGCCUACAUCACCGACUCGGGCGAGGAGAACGCACUUGUGGUUCUCAACCUGGCGACAGGCGAGUCGUGGCGCGCUCUGGCGGGCGACCGCACCGUCACCAGUAUCUUCGGCACUGUGCCUUUCGUCGCCGGUGAGCCGCUCUACGAUGCUGAAACUCUCGGAUUUAUAACGAACGGGGUUGAUGGUAUUGCCUUGUCACCAAAGUUGGACACCCUGUACUAUACCAGCAUCGCCGGACGGUUCUUGUACUCGGUUCCAACAGCCCUUCUUCGGGAUCGUGCUUCUGACAAUGAGCUUGCCUCUGCGGUUAGGGUUCUGGGCGAGGUAGGCAUAUCUGAUGGAUUAGCCACUGACUCCAAUGGGGUUGUCUACGCGGGAAACGCAGAGCAAUGUGGGGUUUCGAUGUUCGACCCGGAAACGGGUAUGGUUGUGCUGUUCGUCAGGGAUAAGAGGAUCCUGUGGGUGGAUACUUUUAGCGUGGGAGCAGACGGGUAUUUGUAUUUUACAUCUAACCAGGUGAAUUAUAUGGAGCAGUUCUAUCCGGGAGAGGGGGUCCCGAGGGACCGGAGACAGAGGCCGUUUGUGCUUUUCAGAGCGAAAUUGCCACGGGCGGCAACGAAGGGACCUGGAUCCUGAUUUUACACCGCGCAUUGAGUCGAGUAAAUAGGAGCACUGG